UCGGUCGCAUUUUCCAGUGUUUCUUCGUUUUCAUCUCCCACUUCCAAUUUUCCUCCCUGUUUUCGUCUUCAUCUUCUGUUCUCAAUCAUUCAACGUCAAAUUAACAGAAAAAAAUCGGUUCAACGAGAGGAUGAGCUUGAUUUGAUCAUCUUCCUUUUUCAUUUUUUUGUUGCUAAUCGUCUUGAAGAUCUCGUACAGUUUCCAGUUCACUCUGUUCUGCUGCGUUCUUCGUGUUUUUGUUGGGAUCAGAACAUUGUUUUGUCUUAUGAUCAAGUUUAUUUGAUGAGACUGCCUUCUGAUUUUCCGUGAGAAUUGAGUAUGAGUUGAUCGAGUGGAAUCGCGUUUGUUUUAGGAGUUUGAAGUAUGGAGGCUAUUCGGAAGCAAGCCAGCAGAUUCAGGGAACAGGUUGCGAAGCAGCAACAGGCCUUGAUGAUAAAAUUAGGGCAUUUCGGCACGGAAUCGAUCCUGGCUGAUGAAGCUGAAACUCAGUGCAGUCAGCAGCUUCAGAAUCUUUACAAUUCCACCAGGGCAACUAAGCAUUUCCAGAAGAGUAUUGUUCGAGGCGUUGAAGGCUUUAUUUCUGUGAGCUCAAAGCAAAUGGCGAUCGUGAGAAGAUUAGCUGAUGAUUGUAGCAAAUAUGGAGCCAAUGACCAAAAUAGCUGUCCUGCCCUUGCAACAGCUGUUCAUAAUUUCAGUACAUCCCAUAAUUCAAUUGAAGAAGAGAGGGAAGCUUUACUUGGAAUCCUGGGUGAUCAGGUAUGUGAACCUCUACGGGCACAAAUAACAGGGGCACCUCUGGAGGAUGCCCGUCAUUUAACUCACCGCUACGAUAAACUGCGACAAGAAGUGGAAAUCCAGGCAGCCGAAGUUUUGAGACGCCGAGCUAAGUCAAGGGACUCUUCUGUUUCAGCCGAGAGUGCCAUGAGGCUUCAAAAUGCAGAAGCAAGAUUAUCUGAACUUAAAUCAACAAUGAUGGUUCUAGGUAAAGAAGCAACCACUGCUAUGCAAUCGGUUGAGGCCCAACAGCAACAAGUAACUUAUGAAAGACUUCGUACUAUGGUGGACGCUGAGAGAUCUUACCACCAGCAUGCCCUUACUAAUUUAGAAAGGCUGAAUGAUGAGUUAAUUCUGCUGACGCAGUCAGAUGGGUCUUUGUCACAAUCACCAAUUAGAAAUGGAGAAGAACAUGAUCAAACAUCUGAAUUCAAAGAUACGAAGUCGAAUGAGUCUGAUUCUCAGAGGCUUCUUAAUGAAAACAAGGACUACAUUAUUGCAAAAGUUAUCCACCCAUUUGAGGCUCAGGCAGAAGGGGAGUUAAGCUUAUCCAUUGACGAUUAUGUCACGCUUCAUCAGGUGUGGCCUAACGGAUGGUCGGAAGGAGAAUGCAAGGGAAAAGCUGGAUGGUUUCCCUCCGCAUACGUCGAGAAGCAAGAAAAGGUAAGCCAUGGAUAAUCCAUCGAAUCAAGGGGACUACUUGAAUUGCAUGGUUUGCUUUUCUGCACAUGCUAUCUGUUAUAGCUGAAUCUCAAAUCUCUCUUCCCAAAAGAACACAGGUCAUGCCUAACUGUCCCACUCUUCAAUUAUUGAAUUGUUUGAUAUCUUUUCUUUGUUCUUGUGUUCCUCUUUAUCAUUGAUAGUAAGUUUACCAUUUGGCAAUAUUUCUUGUCUUAAAGAACAUGAUAAAACAAAUCCCAUUAUGAAAAAAUUGUAAAAAAAACUUGU